AUGGAUGGAAGAAACGAUGUUGUUACAGUUGUUAAUUUGCAGGUUGUUGCUCGAGCUGUGCAGAAUCGGCCUAAUGUUGGUGGGGAAGACGAGUUCCGAUAUUUGGGGAAGUUCCAGAGGAACAAUCUGCCUACUUUCAAGGCUGAGGAAGCUGAUGACUGGUGGAUCAACACUCGUCAGGUGUUGGAUGUUGCAGCUGAAAUUGUAACUUUGGAUGUGUUCCGCAGGGAAUUUCUGAGAAAUGAGAUGAUUGUUGAGUUCUCAAAGUGUAUCAAAUUCGAGAAUGGUUUGUGUCUUGAAAUUAGGCAGGAUAGUAAGGCUCGAUCGUUUCACUACAAGAGGUUGAGCGAGAAAAGAGGAAAGCAGAAUAUGAACUGUGGGAAGUCAUAUAGUGCUCCAGCUGAUAAAGAUAAUGUAGUGACUUUCUACAACUAUGCUGAAACAAGACAUAUCAACACUCAUUGCCAUAAGCCUAAGCAAGCUUCAAUUGGGGGAAAUGUGUUUGCUCUGACGGGGACUCAGACUUCCAGUGAUGAGAGGUUAAUCAGAGGCCUUGUUAUGUCUUCUAUGAGUGGAGAGAUGGUUAUCGAAACUCUUGCUAAGGGUUCGAUGAAUACUACUUCAUCAUUGCGGUUUCUCGCCCAUGGUGAGGAUGAAGAAGUUGGUUUCUUGUCUACUAGAGAGUUGAAGGAGCUUUUGGAAUAG